AUGGCAGAAGGCAAAGCAGACGCCGAGGCGGCCAUAAAGCGCAACCCUCACCCCGACUUCAAAGGCGUCGAGGACUCACGGCCAGACUUCGAGAAAGAUAGAACGGUGCACUAUGUCAAGACACCCAAGCCGGACUGGAAGCCCGGACAAGGCGCGAACAACGCCUCCGGCCUCUCGACAAAGCACCGAGAAAUUGAUCCAUACGCUGAAGGCCGCCCCGCAGUGCACAACUACAAGCUUCUCAUCUCAGGUGUCGUGCCCCGCCCCGUAGGCUUCGUUUCCACCAUCUCUGAAGAUGGAAAGUCCACGAAUCUAGCGCCUUUCAGCUACUUCAACAUGAUUAGCCAUGACCCCCCGCUGUUCGUCCUGGGAUUUGCUGGCGGGCUGCUCAAUGCGAAGGACUCGUUGGCAAAUCUGCUAAAGACCGAAGAAUGCACUUUGAACAUCAUUUCCCAGGAUUUCAUCGAGGCGGCAAAUUAUACGAGUUUGAAUGCGCCAGCAGGCAUCUCCGAGUGGACCUUUAGCGGUCUACAUCCCGCAAAGAGCUCCAUCGUCAAGCCGGAUCGCGUGCAGGAAGCGGUUUUCAGCAUUGAAGCGAAGCUCGUCAAGUCCUUGGAGUGGGAGAGCAAGGCUACGCCUGGGAAGAAGACGGGUGUUACGGUUAUUGUUGAGGGUCUGAAUUUCUGGGUAAGAGAAGACGCGGUGGAUGAGGCUGGUGUACUGAUUGAUCCUGCGGUCCUGAGGCCCAUCUGUCGCCUGGGAGGCAUCACAUAUGGACGGGUGACGGACCUGUUCGAGUUGCCGCGGCCACAGUACAACGAUGUUAUCAAGGAUCCCGAGAUCGAAAAGUUAGCGAAGUCCAAGACAGACGGGCAGCUUGAGUAG